GAAACGCGCCGCUUGACAGUCGCCCUCGGUAAAUUAAAGUGGGAUUUAGAAUUGUACAUGCCCCUUGGACCACUAAGGACAACCUGUCGUGCGUUUUCUCUUUCUGAGCGUGAGGUAAGGCUAUAGAGUCCAGCCUAAAAUGGACCAGAAAGCGUCAGAGGCAGCAAAACUGAGGUCCGACCAGAGUUUGACCGGAGGCGAAUUUAGGCAAGACGAAGGGCAAAGUCGGGCGCCACACCAAACGAGAUCGCGUUCGGAAGAAACUAGUAGAGAACACGGGGCAAAUGUUGACAUGAGAAGCAACGUAUUGGACAAUGACGAACCCACAAACAUCGCUCCUAGCCUUGACAAUGAGGAUGAGGAAGGGGUCGGUACGUGUCAGGCCACUGACGUCGAUCUUCAUCAUGAUCAGGAAUCCUACGACAUGGCCUUACUAGCGCUGGAUCAGGGGAGAGACACUCAAGGCUUGGACGGUGGGCGUGAAUGCUACAAUGACGGAGAGGUGGUGGCGUUCUCAGAAACAGAAAAUACAGUGACCCAAAUUACAAACCCUAGUCAAGUGAGCGGCCAAGGCAACAAGGUCAUCAACAUCGGACCCCAUUCCACCGUCAACAUCACUUCCUUCCACGGAGCAUCCGAUGAACCUAACACAGGUCCCAACAUUGACAGUGCCCCUGAAAAUUUUCCCCUGGCUCAAUGUCAAGAUUCACUUAAGUCGUAUUUCAAGACAAGACUGAGCAACCUUCACCCACUAGCGUGGAAUGAAACUUUCACCAUGAAGAUUGAGGACAUCUUCACGACUGUAGACCUCGUGACGCGAACACAACAAGGAGGAAACAUUGAACGUCGCGCCCUCCCCUCUACUGUCGACGCUUUGACUGCCAGGCCCGAUUGUCCCCAGCCCCGGCGCAUUUUGAUCGAAGGUAACGCAGGGAUAGGGAAGACGACCGAAGUUUCUAAACUCGCUUUUGACUGGGCCGAGGGGCGUUCUCCCGUUCUGAAAAAGUAUGAUCUGGUUUUCCCGAUCGCACUGCGGAAGGUUGGUGAGUCCCAGUCCCUCACGGAGUGCAUCUUCGACCAACUCCUACCAGAAGAUGUGCCGUUCCAAGAGUCGGACUUAGAAACGUACUUGAAGGGGAAUGACCGAGUCUUGAUCAUUCUCGACGGCUUCGACGAGUGGGCUAGGCAUGAAGGGCAUGACGUCACUAAACUUCUGACUGGUAAGGUUCUCCGAGACUGUUGCCUGUUGGUGACCACCAGACCUUCCCACGCCCCUCAGCUGCAGAGUCUGAUGUGUCCGGACACACAGGUGGAGAUCACGGGCUUCAGUCAGGACAACAUCCGCACUUACGUCCACAGGUUCUUCACGGGAGACGAGGCCAAGGCAGCAGCCUUAGUCAGCAAAUUGGACUCCUCUCUAAUCCCCACAGGCAUUCUGGCAACACCAAUACUGCUUUUGUUGACCUGCAUGAUGUGGGAAGAGAAGCAGGAUUUGGUGUUUGGAGGUCGAAUCUUUCCCCUUUAUGAUGAGCUAGUUUCCUUCACCAUAAGGCGACAUUGCGUUAGGAACAACAUUGUUUUUCAUAUUUUCAUUCUGCCAAGGUAUUCCUGACAGCAUCAGAGACGCGUUGUUGUGUGCCGGGGCUCUUGCUUUCAAUGGAUUGAUAGAAAAUAGGCUUGUAUAUAGCAAAGACGACGUUGCCAAGUAUUGUGAUGAAGACAGUUUGCAAGAGCUUGUGUUUUUAGGGAUCCUUCACAGACAAGAAAGUCCCUCCAGACUCAACCCUUCUGACCAGUUUUCCUUCUCCCACAAAACGAUGUAGGAGUAUUUUGCAGGAUUGUAUUUCGCAAAAAGGCUUCAAGACGAGACAGCAGGAAAUGCCAUUCUGAACACGUACCUAAGAACGGCUAAAAAUGUGCGUGACUUGGAAAACAUGGUCAUUUUUGCCUGUGCGAAGUUAGGACGCGAAGCGGAUGUUAUAUUGGCCCUUCUUGUCAAACUCUAUCAAGAGGAGGUAGAACAUUUGUCUGAUACCUUCAGUCAUAGGCUCCAUCACAGACACAUAGACCACUAUCUUUAUUCUAAAUGUCGGGCUACGGGGAAUGAAGGAGAGUUUUUGAGUCCUUCUGAGUUGGCUUUCUUUCGCUACCAGGUGUACAUGGAGAUCGCACUGUUGUGCUUCUACGAGAGUGGUUGUCUCACACAGGUAGAGAACAUCUUUCUUGCUAAAGGUGUUAUUCAGCUUUCAAAUGUAGGCCCUCGUGUCUACAACGCCUUGGUAUAUGUUCUGAACAAGAUUCAACCCCAAUCCCUUAGAAAUGUAAAAUCACUCUGGUUGGUCACUAGACACGGCGCAAUGCUAUGUCAGUCCUGUCAUUGACUACCU